CCGGCGAACUCUGUACCUGCUGGGUUCCUGCUAGGCACAGCACAGCCCUCCCCUGGGGGUGCGGACGCCCCUGGUCGCUCCUCAGCCCGCACAAGGUCCAGGGAGAAAGUCCCCUGGAAGCAGAGGGAGGCCACGAUGGGGGAGGCCAGCCUUCGGAAACGGGCCGAGGAGAAGCCAGUGCAGGACAAUGGACCCAAGACCACGAAUCUCCAGAAAGAGGUGGGCCUGCUCAGCGGCAUCUGCAUCAUCGUGGGCACCAUCAUUGGCUCUGGAAUCUUCAUCUCCCCCAAGUCUGUGCUCAGCAACACAGAGGCUGUGGGGCCCUGCCUGGUCAUCUGGGCUGCCUGCGGGGUCCUGGCCACGCUAGGCGCCCUGUGCUAUGCCGAGCUGGGCACAAUGAUCACAAAGUCGGGCGGCGAGUACCCCUAUCUGAUGGAGGCCUUCGGCCCCAUUCCCGCGUACCUGUUCUCCUGGACCAGCCUGGUAGUCAUGAAGCCCUCAUCCUUCGCCAUCAUCUGCCUUAGUUUCGCCGAGUACGUGUGCGCCGCCUUCUACUCGGGCUGCCAGCCACCCCAAGUGGUUGUGAAAUGCCUCGCUGCCGCUGCCAUCUUGCUCAUCACCACUCUCAAUGCCCUGAGUGUGCGUCUGGGGAGCUACAUCCAGAACAUCUUCACCGCGGCCAAGCUGGUCAUCGUGGCCAUCAUCAUCAUCAGCGGGAUUGUCCUCCUGGCCCAAGGAAAUACAAAGAAUUUUGAAAAUUCUUUUUCUGGCACACAAACCUCAGUGGGCGCCAUCAGCCUGGCAUUUUACAAUGGACUUUGGGCAUAUGAUGGAUGGAACCAACUCAAUUAUAUCACAGAAGAGCUUAGAAAUCCUUACAGAAACCUGCCCCUGGCCAUUAUCUUGGGGAUCCCUCUGGUGAUGGUGUGCUACAUCCUCAUGAACGUUGCCUACUUCGCGGUGAUGACCCCCACGGAACUGCUGCAGUCCCAGGCCGUGGCCGUGACGUUCGGCGACCGCGUCCUCUACCCGGCCUCCUGGGUGGUUCCGCUCUUCGUGGCAUUUUCAACCAUCGGUGCUGCGAAUGGGACCUGUUUCACAGCUGGCAGGCUCAUUUACGUUGCUGGCAGGGAAGGCCACAUGCUGAAAGUGCUGUCCUACAUCAGCGUCAGGCGGCUCACACCCGCGCCAGCCCUCAUCUUCUAUGGCGCCAUCGCCACCAUCUACAUCAUCCCCGGGGACAUCAACUCCUUGGUCAACUACUUCAGCUUUGCCUCCUGGCUCUUCUACGGCAUGACAUUUCUGGGGCUCAUGGUGAUGAGGUUCACGAAGAAAGACCUGGAAAGGCCCAUCAAGGUACCCAUCGCCAUCCCCGGGCUGGUGACGCUCAUAUCCGUGUUCCUGGUUCUGGCCCCGAUCAUCAGCGAGCCCGCGUGGGAAUACCUCUACUGCGUGCUCUUCAUUCUCAGCGGCCUUAUAUUUUACUUCCUUUUUGUCCACUACAAAUUUGAAUGGGCUCAGAAAAUCUCAAGGCCGGUGACCAUGCACCUGCAGAUGCUGAUGGAAGUGGUUCCCCCGGAGAAGGACCCCGAGUAGCACGCUCGUGCUGAGGCCCUUGCAGUGCUGACAAGUGCAUUUUUGUAAGCCAUGUUUGUAGUUCCGCUGCUUCCUAAUGCCCGCACGGGGCGGGCAGAGCUGCGGUCCCCACUGAGGAAGGGCGGGUUUCUGGGGGAGCGGGGGGCAGUUCCCAGCAGCCCAUGUCCUGUCCAGUACUGGAAAGUAUAAUAAAGGCUGUUGAUUAGA